AUGGGGCCGAGAGGAGGUCCUGUCCACCAGCUGAGGUCCUGGAAAAUCUUACAGGAAAUGGAAAUCCCAGCUGAGAAGGCCUUCAUACUCGGCCUAAAAGACAGUCGUAGGAUCUCUGAACAAACAGCUCUUUAUGACACAGAGAGAGAGGGAGAGUCAAAUGGAUUAAGCAGCAAAACCCACUCCUCUGAAAACCUGACGGACAUCUUCGCUAAGACUUGA